AACCUAAGCUUGUUUGUCAUGUGACAAACAAAAUGGCGGAUGUCUGAAAACUAGUGUCGUUUUUCUUAUUACUGCAAAAAACAUAUUUUGUUUGUUAAAAUCGUCCUGAAACACAAAAAUAUGAAGAAGAAGGUGUUAUUGAUGGGGAAGAGUGGGUCUGGAAAGACAAGUAUGAGGUCUAUUAUAUUUGCAAACUAUAUUGCUAGAGAUACAAGGAGACUUGGAGCAACAAUUGAUGUUGAGCAUUCACAUGUACGUUUCCUUGGAAACCUUGUCCUCAAUUUGUGGGAUUGUGGAGGUCAAGAGGCAUUCAUGGAGAAUUAUUUUGCUAGUCAACGAGACAAUAUCUUCAGGAAUGUUGAAGUUUUGAUAUAUGUGUUUGAUGUAGAAAGUCGUGAGCUAGAAAAAGACAUGCAUUAUUAUCAGUCAUGCCUGGAGGCGAUACUUCAAAACUCACCAGAAGCCAAAGUUUUCUGUCUCAUACAUAAAAUGGAUCUCGUCCAAGAUGAUCAGAGAGAUUUGAUUAUAAGAGAGCGCGAAGAUGAUUUAAAACGUCUUUCAAAACCAUUAGAUUGUACUUGCUUCGCAACAUCAAUAUGGGACGAGACUUUGUACAAGGCAUGGUCAUCAAUGGUAUAUCAAUUGAUACCUAAUGUUAAACAACUUGAGGACACGUUAGCUAACUUUACAGGCAUCAUUGAUGCUGAUGAAGUUUUACUCUUUGAAAAAGCAACAUUUUUGGUGAUAUCACAUUGUGAACGAAAACAACACAAAGACAUACACCGGUUUGAGAAGAUAAGUAACAUAAUUAAACAAUUCAAACUGAGUUGUAGUAAAUUAGCUGCCUCGUUUCAAAGUAUGGAAGUGAGGAAUGCACAUUUUGCUGCCUUUAUUGACGUGUUCACACCUAACACAUAUAUAAUGGUAGUUAUGUCGGAUCCAGGAAUUCCAUCGGCAGCCACACUUAUCAACAUAAAAAAUGCUCGCAAACAUUUUGAAAAACUGGAAAGAGUUGAUGGCGGUCAUCCUUCAAUAACAUCCUAGUAGUUGACUACUUGAUUCCUGAAUAAUAGCAACCUGAUAGUUUGACAGCAAAGUUUUCUAAAGUUGGCUUCUAGUGGCAAUGUAUGGUUGACUUAUGUUGAAUUGGACCAUCUUGAUAGCAGGUGUAAAGAGUCAGAUAUUAUAAUAUGUAUUCUUAUACAUGUGAACUAUAUAAAGGUUUUCCUAUGUCAAGAAAGACAGAUGGAGACAUGCAUUAUUUCGCCUCAACGCAUUCACUUUUCUUAUUCCCUAACUCAUGAUAUCCAUUUAUAUUACAACACGCAUGCUUUGUUAUUGAAUCCCAAAUAUUUGGGUGGUUGUGUUGGUAGUUUUUCCUCCGGAUAACAGCAGUAAGCCACAUUGAAUUAACAAGAGCACUGUUCAGCCAAUGCAUUGUUUACACAGUCAUCAACUAUAGAUUACAGAAUGUAUAAUAACAUUUUCUAAAAGUUGAGUAUGAAUAAUUACUAACUUUAGCACUUAGACUAGGAUUUGAGCCAAAACUUUGAACACCUGUUCUGUAUUGCAGGAAGCUAUUGUAUUUGCUUUUGAAAUUUAUAUAGAAACCUACAUGGUAAUCAUGCUUGAAAUUUGAUAAUGCAACCAUUAUAAUAAUUAAUAUUCAAUCAAAUAGUUUGCAUUACUGUGCUGUUAAAUUUAUGAAUAAUAUACAGUUAAUCUUCAGGUUUCAUAACUCUAAGUUACUUUUUUACAGUGUUAUGCCCCUUUUCUUACUGUAUAGCAGAGAUGUAUGUAACAUCUAUGUCUCUGUGAGUUGUCGCAUGUGCUGUCUUACAGACAGACAUUUGUUGUUUUUGUGUAAGUGCGAAAUUUUUGUUAAAAAUUUGCUUCUAAUAAGCUACCACAAUCAUGUUGAAUUUAUUUACACAUAUUGCUAUAUUUGUAUAUAAAAUCUAAAUAUGUAAAUACAUUUGUAUGAAAAUAGAUAAAAAUUGAAUGACAAAA